AUGAUAUAAGUAGUUCUAGAAGCUUGCUUCUCUCAGCCCAAACAUUAAGACGUGGGACAUGAAACCUGUAGAACAUAAGAGGGCUGGAACUACAGGGGUGCACCCCGACCGAUUUGUGCAGAGCUGGGUGGAAAUCAACCUGGGGGCUUCCAGCACGUGAGGUGAGCCACACCCCAACCCCAGCCAGCCACUCCCACAGCCAGCCAUAGGUCUGCGUGUGUGACAUUAAGAGCCCAACAGCCCCAGCUCGCAGCACUCGGACGCCCCGCCCCUGCAGUCGUUCUCGCGGAAACGGCCGCGGGCUGACCCCGCCCUCUGCCUGUGGCGGCUCCGGGAACCGGACGGCGUCCGUCAGGGGACACAAGUCGGAGCAAAGCGCUUACUACCACCGGGGUGAGUCCUGGCGACUGCGGGCUCAGGGACAUCGGGAUACCACUGUUCCCGGACCGGAAUCCGAGUGUGGACACGGCAUCCCGCCGUCUCCUCCGUGACACAUGCACGGGGCACCGGACACCGGGAGCGAUCGUGGGUUGAGGCUUGUACUGGGACCGUAGUGUCGGGACAACGCUGACUGCUGCGGACAAGUUUUUACUUUGAGUAAUCCUUAAAUGAAGAGUGGGUAAAGUGUGUAUACGGAAGAGAGACUCCAAUCAACAAUAUCAAUAAGUUGAAAAAGAAAAAUGUUGUCCUUAAAUAACCUACAAAAUAUCAUCUAUAACCCGAUAAUCCCCUAUGUUGGCACCAUUACUGAGCAAUUGAAGCCUGGCUCUCUGAUUGUAAUCCGUGGGCAUGUCCCUAAAGAUUCAGAAAGAUUCCAGGUUGACUUUCAGCUGGGCAACAGCCUGAAGCCAAGAGCAGACGUGGCCUUCCACUUUAACCCUCGGUUCAAAAGGUCUAGCUGCAUUGUUUGUAACACACUGACACAGGAGAAGUGGGGCUGGGAGGAGAUCACCUACGACAUGCCCUUCAGAAAAGAAAAGUCCUUUGAGAUCGUGUUCAUGGUGCUCAAGAACAAAUUCCAGGUGGCUGUGAACGGAAGGCAUGUUCUGCUGUACGCCCACAGGAUCAGCCCGGAGCAGAUCGACACAGUGGGCAUCUACGGCAAAGUGAACAUCCACUCCAUCGGGUUCAGAUUCAGCUCGGCAAGUGCCCUUCCACACACACUGGGGGAUUUACAGAGUAUGGAAACAUCUGCUCUGGGACUGACACAGAUAAACAGAGAGAAUAUACAAAAGCCAGGCAAGCUCCAGCUGAGCCUGCCAUUUGAAGCAAGGUUGAAUGCCUCCAUGGGUCCUGGACGAACCGUUGUCAUUAAAGGGGAAGUGAACACCAAUGCCCGAAGCUUUAAUGUUGACCUAGUGGCAGGAAAAACAAGGGAUAUCGCUCUGCACUUGAACCCACGCCUCAAUGUGAAAGCAUUUGUAAGAAAUUCCUUUCUUCAGGAUGCCUGGGGAGAAGAGGAGAGAAAUAUUACCUGCUUCCCAUUUAGUUCUGGGAUGUACUUUGAGAUGAUAAUCUACUGUGAUGUCCGGGAAUUCAAGGUUGCUAUAAAUGGUGUGCACAGCCUGGAGUACAAACACAGAUUUAAAGACCUAAGCAGUAUUGAUACACUAUCAGUCGAUGGUGAUAUCCGUUUGCUGGAUGUAAGGAGCUGGUAGCUACCAUGACUGCCAAAACCCCCGAAAUACAAAAUGGCUUAUCCGGUACUGGCCAUGUCAAAUGCAUCUCGCUUUCACCAUAUUGUUUAUAUUGCUAAGUUGAGCUCCUCCAACAUCAAGUCCUACUGGUGUUGUCAGGUCUGGCCAUGCAGUACAUUCAGAGGAACAGAGCCGGGGCAAUCACAGCUCACUGCCAGAGAGGCUCUGCACACUGGGUCCCUCUUAUAAACCACACUCAGCAAAUAUUUAAGUGCCUAAUAUACUACAUAUACUAGCUAAUAGGGAUGGCAAGCAUACUUCCUUUGUAUAUUCUCUGAGCCGGGCACAGACAUGGCAGGGCCCAGAACUUGUGUGGUCCAUGUUUUCUAGCACUUCGUACCAGUUUCUGGCCUCCUAAUGUAGGGUCUUCUUGCUGGCAUUGCAUUAACCCCACUAGGGGCCUUUGCAGUUAAGGUCAGAAAAAUAUACUAAUGGAUGGCAAACACUACUUCCCCAGCAACCCUUUUCAUAAUCAGCAUUCUAUCAUAUCUCAUAAUUGAAGACUGCAUAGCAUUUACUUAGCUCUCACCGCUUUAAACUUUAUAAAAUGUAUGAUGCUGAACACAGCAGAAAAACUGAGGCCAAAACCCUGAAUUAUGACAAAACAAGUGUUCUGCUCCAAGCAGAUUUCUGCUGGUUGAUUGGCGCUCAAGUCCAGGGUGUGUGGGUACCUGUGGCAAAGUAAGGCAGAAGUUGGAUAAACCGUGUGUGUAAAACCCUCUUGGACGUAUAUAUAAAACAAGCACUAUCAAAGCAAACCCAGGGGCGUAGUGUGAAAGGCUUAGUUGGUGUGGAGACUAGCCCUCGUGCCUUUGGGUCUGAAGAUGUCGGUCUGCAGCAGCAGCGAGGUCAGGCACAUUAAACCACAGGACAGAAUUCUGCUGGGGUUUAGGAGUAUUCAGCCAAUCUGCUUAGAUAUAUGCACUUGUGCAUAUGAAAUAAUACCAUCAGCAGUCUUACUCAAGGCAGCAACUGCUAGUCCUUCAUUUUCAUGCAAAUUUAUUAUGUUCACUCUUCAAUAUGGGGUGGUGGGUGGAACUGGGUAAUUUGUACGGAGGCCAGGAGGCUCUAGAAUUCUCCAGAGUUAUGUCUUCAUAAAGAAUGAGUCUUCAUAAAGAAUGCACUACUGAGAUAUUGGGGGCUCAAAGGCACUCAGGAAAAAAAAAUAAAAGCCUAUUCAUACAACAGCUUAUUUUCAUUUCUAUUUUUACACAAUUAAGACUGAUUCUAAGUAGAUUCAGUCUUAAGUUCUUAGAUUUUUUUUUUUUAAAAAGCUGCUGGAAUUUAGGUUGUGAGACCUUCUGUUGUAUAUUCCGAAAUUCUAUCUCUAAACUGCAAAAUGCCUUUUUGCUUGUCCUAAUUCUGCAUUAAAGUUUUAUAUUAAAUUGGAA